CAAGUACGAUUAUGAUAGAGAGAUAUUUAUUAUUCUUAGCAAGUUGCAGCUGCGUUUUAUAGAAAGAAACAAGAACGUCGGUCGAAGUGUUUGAUUUCAACAAAUGUUUCUCGUCAAACGUACAUAAAAUGUAGCGAUCGCUUUUAAAUGUAUGUAGGUACAUGUAUAUUCGUUGAUAGUUACAUCUACUGUCGUUUUGAUAGCAGCGCCUCGUUCACUCUAUGUAUGCACAUACAUGCGUACAUGAAACAUACGUAGGUACAUGCAUACAUAGAUGCCAUGCAUACAUAGUCGAAUCCAGUGGAAUCGUCGAAUCUUACAGCUGUUGAUAGGUAAAUUAUUGUUGCGAAAAGUGUCAGUGAAUAUCUCGUCCAGAAACAUAAUCGCUAGUCUGGUACAAUAAACGGCGUAAAAAUGAGAGAGGCUGGAAUAAUGCUAGUAAGCACAGCGCUAACAUGCGCUGUAAUUGGAAAUGCUUAUUAUCAAAGAAAACAAUUUUAUCCGACAGUAGUUCACAUAACCAAAUCUAAUCCUAGUAUGACUGUGAUCUAUGGUCAAGGAUUAAUUCUAGUAUUUAUGAUAAAUGCUUUUCUGCGAAAAAUAUUUUUUGGUACACUACGUACUACCGAACUAGAGCAUCUGUUGGAAAGAGUAUGGUACGCGGUAACUGAAACGUGUCUGGCAUUUACUGUAUUUAGAGACGACUUUAGUCCAAAAUUUAUAGCACUAUUUACACUUCUCUUGUUUUUAAAAUCAUUUCAUUGGUUGGCAGAAGAUCGUGUAGACUAUAUGGAAAGAAGUCCGGUGAUAACAUGGUUGUUUCAUCUUAGAGUUGGUACUUUAUUAACUCUUCUAUUUGCCAUAAAUUUAACUAUGAUUCAUUACGCGUACAAUACAACAGCCACAAAAGGACCUUCUGUACAAUUAGUAUUCGGCUUUGAAUAUGCAAUUCUGUUGACCGUUGUGUUUAACAUCGAAAUCAAGUAUAUACUACAUUCGAUAGACCUCCAAAGUGAAAACCCAUGGGACAAUAAGCAAGUGUUUUUGUUGUACACAGAAUUAAUAAUUGGACUGUUGAAGGUCAUUUUGUAUGUCGCUUUCGUCACUCUGAUGAUAAAAUUGUAUACUUUACCUUUGUUUGCGCUUCGACCAAUGUAUUACACGAUGAGAGACUUUAAAAAAGCAUUCCACGACAUUGUGAUGUCUCGUAGAGCCAUUAGAAACAUGAAUACAUUGUAUCCAGAUGCAACGCCAGAGGAAUUAGCCGCUGCUGACAAUGUAUGCAUAAUCUGCAGGGAAGAGAUGGUUGCAGCAAGUAAAAAGCUACCGUGCAAUCAUAUUUUUCACACUGCUUGUCUUCGAUCUUGGUUUCAACGUCAGCAAACGUGUCCUACUUGCCGUUUGAACAUUUUAAGACCUGUGAACAAUCAUCAAGGAGCCAGGCAGCAGAAUCAACCCCAAGCAGGACCACAAGUGCCUCUAGCUCCUCAAGCACCAGAAUUUAAUCCAAUCGAUGUUCUGUUAAAUGUAGUUCAAGGUUUACCGGCAUUUUGGGCUGGAUUACAAGCUCCAGGUGCGGCACCGCAACAACAAGUGCCACCAGCAACGCCGCAACAGCAAGGUCAAAACACUACUACGAACACGCCGACCGCAUCGUUUCAAAAUCUAACGGCUGGUGGUGUGCCACUGGUUCCACCACCAUUUCCUACCAUGGUACCAUUACCACCUUUCCCUACUCCGCCUCCCAAUUUAACAGAAUUGAGCGAAGAGGAGCUUAGAGCGAUGGAAGGGAAUUUACGUCAAGCAGUAGAGGCAAGAAUACAGACGUUACAGCGAAUCCAGCUCUUGUUGGAUGCUGCCAGUGCUAUGAUGAAUCAGUAUCAAACAGCAGCAGCUACUGCUAAUAUUCCAGUGCCAACUGCUACAAGUAAUGCGAAUGUUACAUCGGAUGUUUCUUCAUUAGCACAACCGGGAACAUCUAAAGACACAAGUUCCGAAGCCGAGAACAUUAGUUCUGAAAUGAAGACCGACACAAACGUUCCUACCACAACAACUUCCAGUGAAAGUACGAAUACAUUAUCGGGCACAAAUAGUAACGAUGUAACUCCGGAAUCAUCGAUUAGGAAUGAAGCCGAAUCGAGUGAACAAGAAAUGUUGCGACGUCGUAGGCUACAAAAAUUUUCAACUCCGCUCGCGACAGAGUAAACGAUCGUAAAGUUAUGUGACAACUUGUGUGAUAUAAUAAUUUGUACCUCGAUUAAUGACUCAAAUGGUUUGCAGAUAUAAUUAAUAUUUGAAGAAUGCGUAACGGUUAUAUGGUUUAAGAGUUUGAAAUUCAAGUUCAAAGUUGACUUUACGAUAUCAAUAAUGUCAAGUGUAUCGAAUAAAUUUAUAUUCUUUUUAUACAUACGCAUACAUACGUACAUAUUUACAUGUUUAAAUAGCGUGUGCGCGCGUGUGUGUAUUAUUAGACAUUACACAACGAUACAGGUCCCCUUUGAUUGAAACUGCUUCUGCAUUAUGUGUUAAAUAGUUAUUAAAAUUCAGCACCAUUAAUCCCAUGAUAUUUAUAUUGAAAGUCGAACCUGAAGCCUGUAUUGGAUCUUAAUUGCUUUACGUUUAGAUCACCAUAAAAACUUUAUGAUUUAUUACAUUUUAUAAGGAGUGCUUGCGUAUGUACAUGAGAGUGGUAACAUCAGUCGAUAUAACGGGACUGAAUAAACAAUUGUCUUAGGUAAUUACCAUUGUAUGUAAUAAAUUUAUUUCUUUAAUAA